AUGUCGAUUCCAGGUUCCUCUGUCCCGGCUCUCAUCUCGGCUUUCACUUUUGGUAUUGUCGUCAAUGCGGCUUCAGCUGCGCUCUUCCUCCACGCCAGCAGCCAUGGCAACAGUAUCUUUCGGGACGGCCAGAGGCUGGUCCUCGCCGUCUUUUUCUUGAGCGCCGCCCUUUGGGCUCAAACUGACUUCAUCUCCAUCGCUAUCAACACUACGGCCACCGGGUCCUGCCAGGUUGGAGUCAUUAUCAGCACCUUCUUCGAUCAGCUUGGCCGAUUUUCCAUCGAACAGUACCUCCUUUGGACCAUCAACAAUGGCGCCAAGGCGGGCGUCCAGCAGAUGAUCUCCCAGGUCCUCGUCGCCAUCCGAUUUGUGCUUGGCGCUGUCUUCAUUGGACUUUCAAGGCCUUACUUCGACCCCGUGUGUGUCCCGACAACCUCAGUUUUUGCAGUUGGCAUCAUCGUUGUCGCCCUCGAUGCCUUCAUUGUUGUCCUGCUGGCUAUUCGCGCCAUCAAUUCGAACUCGGCAACAGAGGUCCGAGCAGGUCAAUCCAGCUCAGGCCGCUCCAACGCAGUGUUGCUUGUCAUUGCAACAUUUGCCGUGUGGACAGCGAUGAGUGCGUUGAUGCUUCUGGGCAUGCAGACUACCGCCCUUUUGUUGCGUACCUUGCUUCCAUCCAUCGGCCUCUUCUUCCUCGUCGUCAUUGUGGCCGCUUGCAAUGCCCAAUUGACCACAGAACUGAUCCGAGCUCCACGAUCGCCCGAGUCGCCUGGGGUGCGCGAAGCCAACACAAGCCGGUCCAUUACCACCGGAGACUCCAGUGACUACCCCCCCUCGCAAUUCGAAGAUUUUAAGCGCAACGAGAUUUUGUCCGUAGCAGCCUUCGAGCGGCCACGGGAGGUUCCCAGACCAGACGCCCCCCAAAAUGCGCAUGCGCGGGCUGAUAUCCGGCGGCCAACUCUCAGCUACCAACAGGCAGCCAGCCUUGCCUCUGGUAGAAUUGUGAUCUCGAAACCAAUACUCCAGGCUAACGGCGAGCAAAACCCUUUGAACAAAAUCCCCACGAUGAGCCUGGAGGAUGCUGCGAGGAGCGAGAGGGAGAGACGUGCUGACGACUUGCGGCGAGAGUCUGUUCUGGUGGCCCAUCGUCCAGCACCGCAUCCUCCGACUCUGACCCCCGAGGAAGGCAUAUUGCGCGCCAUUAGUCUGAAGAGAAAAACAGUGGCCUCUGUGACAUCCGAACCGAUGUUCGAAACGCCGACUCCGCCUUCGGGAUUGAUGCCCGCUGCUGUGACCACCUCGGCCCUCCUUUCUCCCGGCGUCGAAGAGGUUCGACGACGCUCUCCGAGACAGUCACCAACGGCAGUUCAGAAUAUUCGCCCAUCACGCCAGCUGCCUGAGUCUUUCGGGCCUUCCAAGUCCACCUCCAGCUCCGAGUCUGAGAAGACACCUCUUCAGAAACGGCAAACAUUCGGCCUGCCGGGCAAUCCCCGUGCCAAAACCAUGAAGGCUCCAGCCAAGGAAGCGGAUGCGCAGGGGCCACAGACGGUGCUGUUCAUGAACAAGAUCGAGUACGACAAUCCGGAUACGGUGGAGAGUGUUAUCAAAGGCGCUAAUUUGAAAAUUUACGACUCGCGAGCUUCCAUGUCGGUCGUCCACCGGCCUCGGCCAAUUCCGCGGAAUGUUGAUGACGUCCGGAACAUUUUCCCAUCCAAUUCGACACCGCAUAUGGCUGGUCACUACCGAAGCAAGUCAGCUGGCGCUGUUGUUGUGCAGAAAUCUCUUCGGUAUACAGAUGAAAGUCCGCCACAACUUCCUCCGAUGCCUCUGUUACCAUUGGGCUUUGGAGCCUACAAAGGCGGGCAAGAGACCAAUCGGCCACUUCCCAACAACACGAAGAGCAUGACAUUCGACGAGAAAAUGACGCUCUUGUUCCCGACCCCCCCUAGUGCGGGCGGCUUGCCUCGUCGUCGCUCUUCGCUGCCCGAAAUUCCUCAGAUACCGUACGAUUUCAUGUCCAUUACUAUGUCACCAAUGGCCGAGUCCAGCCGGAUGUCAGGAACCACAACCAGGACUAGAAGGACGUCCGGCAGAACGGAUAAUAUUCUUGAGGUAGUUGAGCUUCCACCCAUGGAUGCGCUGCACAUCAGAGAGCGGCGCCGGCGCCUGUCUGAUGAGGCCGGAGACUCGUGGUUGCCAGGCAUAGACACCGGCAACAUUGUCUUGGCCAUGCAGCGCGCCUUGGAGCUUGGCGAAAACAGCAGCAAACGCAGGACCAAUAUGACAAAUGAGAGACGGGCAUCGUCUCCAGUCCUUCCACAAAUUCGCGAUUCAGCAUUCACGACCAGCAGUGACGGGCGUUCCCACGACGACUUCACUACGAACUGGGGUUCGCUGCAUUCGUCUGUGGUCGCUGUGCCUAUCCAGGCGAACCGACAGGUCGCUCGAUCCACGUACGUGCAGGGCGACCGCCGAGACGUCGCUAUGAAGAUGCCUCACGCACCGUCUGUUCCAGGAGACUCGCCCCCAUUGACAGACGAAGAGGAGAACGCGGAUGCCGAACUGGUGGAAAUUAAGUUGGAGGAGCCGCAAAUGCCUCGGUGGCACCACCGGAUAGGCGACGACUGCCCGACAUUCACAGACCGGAAGGAGAAAAUCUGGUCACGAAAGAUGGUGCCCCCGACGCCCCUCAUGCUCGGCGUUCCAUCGACAAGGAGGCCGAUAAUCGUUAAGGCUGCCGAGCCAUCGCCACUGGAGUCGCCGGACCAUGUUCUGGCUGAGAUUCAGGCACAGCUGAAGAGAUUCGAGGGGACGACGAUGCCAGUCAACGAGAGCCCCAGCCAGAGGUUUGCGCUCCUGGAAGACCUCGAAAAGGAGAUGGACAUGCAGGCCGGUCACUGGCGAACUAUGCAGCAGGAUAUGGGGCGCAACUCGAUGUCGUCUAUGCGCACGUCGAACGCUGCAGAAUCUCGACGCCAGUCAAUGAACAGCAUUGGCGAUUUGAUGGCGUCGACGCCCGGAAAGGUCAUUAGUGCUGAUUAUCGUGCAUCCCGUCGCUCGCGGAUACAGAGUGCAAUUCUCGCAGUGCCUCCCCCAAUCACGGAGGAGAGAACAAGUCCGGCGGCUACCGCCACUGAAGUGUCCGGAGCCAAUGCGUGGCAGCGGAGGCUGACUGGGGCACAGGCGGAACUUCCAAGUAGCUCAACUCGUCUGAGUGGAUCGCGGCGCAGCAAAAACUUCCUAGACUUGUCUGAGCUGGGAAGCCCUACACCGCCAGACUCGGACGACUCCGAUGUCGAGAUUGAGCGCUACCAGCCGGCCAGCAUAGACGACACAAUUGCUGCAGUGGCCGAAGCCGCAAGGAAGAUUGCUGCUGCGCGCCAGCUGCUAUGGACGCCGAUGGUUGCGCGGGCCUCGACAACAUUGGUGGCCACUUUGUGGACCCCCCCACUAAGCAGGUCAGAUGUGUCUGCAGCUCUGUUUGCCCAGAGUGUGAGUGGAUUGGAGCAGGCCCCACACUCAUCGUCUCGUCGGCGCGAAAUCAGCAAGAACGCCGACGCCGAUCCGCUACUGAUCGAGACGUGUGCACUCUGGAGCGAGCAGAGCGCAGCCACGGAGACGAAGGAGGCCAGUACGGGCCUGUGGGCUGCUAAGUCAUUGACCCCCACACCGGCUGCCGAUGCAACGCCAGAGACGGAACAGGAUGCAGCACAACUCGAGCUGGAGCUUGAUCUCAUGUACAUCCAGUCGCAAAACCAGUCGAAGCCACAACGGCCACUUACACAACGUCCACCAAGACGGAGCAGGCGGAUGACCGUGCUUCCCGACAUUGUAGAAAACCCCGAGCCACUUCCCAACAAGCGGGACACGCUUGGGAUUUUCCAAUUCCCCUGGGGUGAAAAAUCAGACAUGGCCACGUUCCAGCCUCCGACUCUCAUGUCCACGUUCCGGCCUCCAACAUUUAUGGCCAUGCCCGGGACCAUGUCCUCGGGCGGACCGGCGAUCAGCGCGGCACUCGAAGCCCGUGCCAGAGAGCUGGAGGAGGAAGAAUACUCGACGAGCUUUUUCGACGAUUAUGACGAGGAAGACGAGCUUGACAAGGAGGUGCAGGACCUGGACGAUGACUCCGACUACUCCGACAGCGACGAUGGCUUCGACGAGAGCACACUGUGGGAGAUUGCCAGCCUGCUGAAGACACAGCAGGUUCCGUCAAAGUUCAGCCUGCUCCCACCCCCGCUGCCGCCGAUGGAGUCUCACGAGGCGGAUGUGAAGGGCGAGGACUCCGAGGAUUCCGAGGAGCGCAAAGAAACGGACUUCUUUGAGGGCACGGACGUGGCAGACGUCAGCGGGGAUGUCCAGGAUUUGUCUCUCUGGAGGCGCAGUGCCGCCGAGCGGGCAGCAUCAGCCAAGCAGGAGAUGGGCAUUUCGCAGCCAGACGAGGCCACAUGGAAGUCCUACGACAGCAACAGCCAAGCAGCAACGGCACGGGCCAAGCCCCGGCUCUCGGAACCAGCCAAGAUUGAGACCGAGCAGCUUUGGGAGGUCCCGGCCGUGACAACAGUGGCAGUGAUGCAGAUUCCUUCGUUCUUGUGGACUGCCACUCCCAAGGCCCCCACCACUAACAAACUCUGGGCUCCGCUGCCAAGCAAGGGUCUGAAGACGGCCGGAAAGGCCAUGCUUUUCGACCUGGAAGCUUUCAAGACGCGGUCGACGACGAUCCGAACCACAGAUGAGGAGCCUGCCGCUCUGUAUAUCCCGAGAGCACCUCGCACGCCGAUACACGAUGCUCUGGAGACGUUGACGUCGAACCACCUGUGGACCAGCCCGAAGAAGGCCACGACCACGGCCCUGCUGUGGGCUCCCGUAGCGAAGCCUGUAGUGACGGCCGCCAAGAACCUUCUGUUUGACCUGGACGUGGCGACCAUACAGAAGCUGCAGUCUACAGUCACUCGCUCGACAGACAAAGAGCCAGCAACGCUCAAUGCCCCAAGGUUGCCUCGCACAACCAGACAUGCUUCUCUGGAGAAGCUGACGUCCAGCAGCCUGUGGACCACUCCCAACCGACGGGUAGCCAUGCUCUGGACUCCGAUGCCGAAGGUUGUCGUGAAGGCUGAGCGCCAUCUGUUCGAUCUGGAUGUGGAGAGAGCACUGAAGAUGCGGGCUUCCGUCCGCACUACUGACAAGGAGCCUGCUGCCCUGCACAUGUCACGCAAGCCGCGGGCAGCUAUUCAGACGCCUCUGGACCAGCUUGUGUCUGACUCUUUGUGGACGGUCCCUCGGCACGAUCGCAUCGCCAAGACGCUGUGGGCCCCGAAGCCGCAGAUGACGACCAAGACCAAGGGCCUGCUGUUCGACCGCGAGGCCGCCAUGGCUGAGAAGCACCGUGCCCACACGCGCACCACCGACGAAGAGCCGGCGGCGUUGAAUAUGCCGCGCAAGGCCAGGAAGACAAGCCGCGCACCUCUGGAGAAGCUGGCAUCCAGCCGUCUGUGGCAGUCUGCUGUUGUCACGAAGUCGCUCUGGGUUCCCAGGCCGGCAGCCGUUGUGCAGAUGAAGGGACACCUCUUUGAUCUGGCAGCUGCUGUGGCCGAGAAGAGCCGGGCUCACACCCGGACGAUGGACAAGGAGCCGGCUGCUCUGCUGAUGGCUCGCAAGGCACGCAAGGCAAGCCAUGCUCCCCUGGAGACACUCCAGUCUAGCAGCCUGUGGCAGUUGGCCCCGAAGAUCCUUGCUGGCAAGCUUCUCUGGGUGCCCAAGGCAGCUGUCGUGGUCAAGGCUCAGGGACACCUGUUCAGCCUUGCGGCUGCUGUCGCUGAAAAGAGCCGUGCUCACACCCGCACCACGGACGAGGAGCCUGCUGCUCUGCAGAUGCCGCGCAAGGCACGCAAGGUGUCUCAAGCUCCCCUGGAGAUGCUAGUGUCUUCCAGCCUGUGGCAGGUGGCACCCAAGAACACCAAGGUCCAAACUCUCUGGGUGCCCAAGCCGACGGCCGUGGCCAUGACAACGAGCCAGCUGUUCGAUCUGGCUGCUGCAAUCGCCGAGAAGAGCCGUGCUUACACCCGCACUACCGACGAGGAACCUGCUGCCCUGCGGAUGACACGCAAGGCACGCAAGGCAUCUCCUGCCCCUCUGGAGGUGCUCGUGUCUUCCAGCCUCUGGCAGCCGGCGCCGAAGAGCCCUGUCGGCAAGCGUCUUUGGGCCCCGAAGCCAACGGUCGUGGUCAAGACGGCGGGCCCACUGUUCGAUCUGGAGGCCGUGAUGGCCAAGAAGCAACACGCCGACACGCGGACGACGGCGAUGGAGUCUGUGGCAGCCCAGGUAGUGCGGAUGCCACGGUCUCUGGCACAGCUGCCCGUUCUCCCGCUGACGUCGACGAGCCUCUGGAACGUCGAUGCGUCGUCUACGCAGAGCAAGGAGGCCAACUGGAUCAUGGCCAAAGUCCCGACAUCAAUUCGCAAAACCGCUCUGGUGACGCCGAGCGAAGACUGGGACGCGGCACUGCAGGAGGCCCUGGCUGCCAGCUACCCGCAGUCCUGGGCAGCCGAGUACGACGACAGUAUCAUGGCGCGGAUCGAGGCCCUGGAGCAUGAGCGCGAGUACGCAGCCAUGGCUGUGCAGCAGCAGCUGGUGUCGCCGGUGUAUCUGGAUGCGGUGCAAGCGGAAGAGGAAGAGCCGGAGCAGCUGUCGGAGGCGGAUGUACGGUACUAUGCCUACAUCCAGGCGAUGGAGAUGGAGGCGAUGAUGCGGCUGCAGGCGCUGGAGGGCGCUGGAGUGCAGCUGCAGUAA